CAUCGACCAUUCUCAUCUUCAUUCCCCCUUUCCCCUUGAAUUCAGGAGAGACAACUCGCUGAUUACUAUUCUUCCAGACCAUCGUCGCUCUCGUCCCGAAUUCGAACAGCCCAACCGCCUGGAUCGAGAUGGCAGGAUUUUGUCGGAGAUGUGGCGACAUAAUCAGAGGCAGUGAUUCCCGAUGCAAGUGUGGUGGCUCCAGUGCUUCUUCACAGGUGACCAAGGCUAUGUUCGAAACAACUGAUGGAUCGCCCAAGCAUGACCGAUGGUUAAAGACCUAUGGAGAAAGGCGCAGCGUGAGCCCAGCCUCGGCCCUCGCCUCCCGAUCUCAAUCCAAGCCGACUACGCCGUCUCAACUUCAAAAAGCUUGCUUGUCUUCACCUGGAAUCUCAACUCAACCGUUGGCACCAGCUUCUGGAAAAUCGCGAGAUAGUUUAGCCGACCGAAGCCUAAACAUCAUGCCUUCCGAAACGGCCGCUCCACCCACUCUUUCGGAAGAACCCAUCUCCGAGCCUAUCGCGCCCAAGGAAGUCAAGCGUGGCUUGUCGGUCAAGUCCUCUGCCCGGGCUCAUGUGCGCUCUCUAACCGCAAACAUGCCUGAUUCGGUAGAUCUUUCGGCCGCGGAAGAGGAAGUUUUGACAAACGUUUUUGGCUCAGUCUUAGAUCCUCAUGAAACUCGCGGUCGGUGUGGCGCGUGUCAGCAAAUCUUCAAACGCGAAGGUAAGAUUUAUCCAGAUCCUAGACGAGAAGACGAGAGUGGACAAUGGGCAGGCGUAUUUUAUUGUCGAAAAUGUUAUGUUCAACGGUUCAGCCGUGGUAAAUGCGCGUCUUGUCAACAUACCAUUGUUGGAGAUGAGGGCACCUUCAUUCAACUUGGGAAAGGAGGCUGUGAUGGGCUAUGGCAUAAGAAAUGUUUCAAAUGUGUUCAUUGUCAAACAGACGUCUCGAAUUCACCCAGUGUCGAUCUCAGCGGAAAUCCAUGUUGUGACGAAUGUUUUGAAAAACCUCAGCACUCAAAGGCAACCUCCAAACCUUCUAUGGUCACAGACAUCCCUGAUUUACGUGUCCAACCAGUCGGUCAAAAUCGUACGAAGCGCAUCAGCAUCAAUAACUCACCAGCAGCUCAAAACAUCAGACCGGCCGUCGAUGAGCUACGGAAUAAGCUGAGGAAGGCUGGAAUCGAAAAAGAACCCGCCCGCCCAUCCAUUCCAUCACUCGCGGGCGCCGGGAGCACAACACAUAAGAAGCAUGAAAAUGGCCUAUCGGCUUCCGUUACCCCCACCAUCUUGCUGCCCUCCGUCAAGCCUUUGUCGAUAGUCAAACCCAAUCUCAAAUCUCCAAAAGCAGACGGUCUUCGUACUUCCACCAGUACGAUGUCGUCGUUUAGAUCUAGCCCCAAGAUAACUUCAACGGCAACACAACAUGUGUUGUCACCUUCAGCAAACCCGCUUUGCCCAACUUGCAAGCUAUCUCUUUUCCGGCCAUCUUUGAACCAAACAUCGUCUGAAAAAUCUUCCGGUGGUGCUGCGGAGAGAAUUGGCGGAACGUUGGCCACCUUGCCUGCUACUGGAGAGACAUUUCAUGUCCACUGUCUCAAAUGCGAUGACUGCAAGCAGGCGUUCCCCAACCAGAAAUAUGUCCUUCUCGAUAACCUGAAGCUGUGUGAGCGAUGUGUUGCGCAAAGGGAUAUGAUUGCGGCUCAAGAAAAGUUCGAGAAGAUGAGCGCAAAGCUGGCAAAACAAAGGGAUGACUCGGUGUCCACUCGAUUUCCAGCUUACCAAAGCUCCAAGGCCACCAAGGAAUGGCAUCUGGCCCACUCCGAAUCCGUCAGCCCCUCGUUCCCGUCGUCCCACUCAUUCCAAUCCACCCAUUCGAAUCAUCAAGCCGGCGGAACUGCCUCAAUGACUAAAAGCGCGUCCGAGAAUCCUCAGCUGCUCAAGAAAGUCUCGACCUCGCCCUUUCUGGGUGGACAGGAUGGGAGCUUCAAAAUCCCGUCACCGAUGACCAAGAGCCUGAGUGCGACCCGCUUUGGAGGCCAGUCGAUCUGUCCCGGAUGUUCGAAGCCUGGAACGAUCACGGAGACCAAACUAGGACCCAAUGGUCAACGCUGGCAUUUCAAGUGUCUGAAGUGCGUCCAAUGCCAUAAAUCACUCGACUCGGGCGCCAAGACGUUCGACGACUCAGCGGCCGUUGGAUGUAGGGACUGUCUGGGUAAGGCCAGAGCCAAUAAACGUGCGAGUACAUCAAUGCAACUCCGUUGAUUGACUUUCACUUCGUUGAGCGAUGUAUGUGUCGCGUGUCGGCUCAAUUUCCUCCGAGCUAGCUAUAUGUCCAAGUGGCACUGUCAUUUGCUUUCCGACUGAGCUCACAGGCGAGCCGUAACAAAUUCUUAUCUUUCGCUCACUGAUCUUUGUAUGUAUGGUAACCGAGAACUAAUAUGAUGAUUGUAAGGCGAUACUUGCAGUGACCUAAUAUUAAUUGUAUCAUCGCAUCGUUUUUCUCCUGUUGGUUUUCUUUCCUCUCUUCUCAUUGUUUAUCAUAGUUCUUGUCACCCCUAGUUGAUUUCCUGUGCGACCGAAAUAAUUGACUUUUUUUCUUUGUUGUCUUUCUUGCCAAUCAGCAUCUCAUACGUAAUUCAUGUAGAAAAUCACUCAACAUGUGACUCGUGUAAUAACAGAUCAACCAAUCCAUUCGCUGAUUGGAUCCAACA